AUGCCAGCCCGUAGCUCGCGCAGCAGCGCUCCCGAAGCUCACGAGCUUCCUUCCUCGCCACCGCCCGCCGCCGUCGAAGAGCCUCUGCUCCGCACUCCCGACCUCAGCGGUGAUGCCUCGCUUCAACCACUCUCGCCGCCGCCCAGAUGGACGCGCAGCAACUCUCGCUACAGCCCAGAGGAGCGACCGCAAGACCCGCUCGCCCUUGCCGCUCCCGUGCCCUUUUCGCCUCCAUCUUAUCCUCCCUCGGAUCAUGCCACUCCGAUCCACGAGAGACCCUACACACCACCCUUCGCACGUCCAGGAUCGCGACCUCUCUCGUCAGCCAGCUCUUACAUGCUCUCUACACGCUCGCAGAGCGACUAUGACUCGGUCUACCAGCUCUGGCGCCAGAGCGGUACACCUGGCAGCUUCAAGGAGUUUGCCGAUGGUGGCGCAAGCAGCUAUCACGAUUACAGGCGGGGGAGCUCCGCGAACGAUUUGGAAAAGAUUCAGAACUAUCGGUCCGGUGCCUACACUCCGCAGUCACCCAGAGUGACUCCCAAGGAAGACCAAGACCUUCACAUGGGCCAAGCCGGCGCCAAAGGUCCUAAGGACUAUCGUGCCGUCGGUCUCGCCAAGUACGGCCGCGGCAAGGACCAGCGGAUGUCGGCCAAGAAGAAGUGGCUUAUCCUCGCUGGCGUCGCGCUCUUGGUCGGCCUCCUUACCAUUGCGGUUGUGGUUCCGAUCACCCAGGUGCUCCUCAAGGAUCACAAAUCGAACACUUCGCCCUCCAGCGGCUCCAAUCACGGCUCCAAUCACGGCUCCAACCACGGCUCCGGAUCUGACUCAGGAAAGCAGCUGGCUACUUCGGGCACCAACGGCUCCGUCAUCGUCCUCGACAACGGCAGCAACUUUACCUACGUGAACAACUUUGGUGGUCGGUGGGCCUCGCAGCCGCUAGACAACACGGCCCAGGCCCAAAACUACACGCCACCGCUCGAUCAAGAAUUUGAUUUUGCUCGCAACAGGAUUUUGGGCGUCAACCUCGGUGGGUGGCUGGUGACUGAGCCUUUCAUUGUGCCUGCUCUUUACGAGCCUUACGAAAACGAUUCGAGUCCGGUAAAGGACGAGUACUCACUGUCGCAGCGAUAUCUGUCCGAGGGUGGCGCCGAUAAUUUGCGCCAAAAGAUGACCCAGCACUACGACACAUUCAUCACCGAACAGGACUUUGCCAACAUUGCUGCCGCUGGUCUCAACUGGGUUCGAUUGCCCAUCGGCUUUUGGGCUUUCGAAACGUACGCCAACGAGCCCUACCUGCAAGGUGUCUCGUGGAACUACGUUCUCAAAGCGAUUCAAUGGGCACGCAAGUACGGUCUGCGCAUCAAUCUGGAUCUCCAUGCCGUACCCGGCUCUCAGAACGGCUACAAUCACUCUGGCCGCCUCGGAUUCAUCAACUUUUUGCAAGGUCUCAUGGGCAAGGCCAAUAGCGAACGCACCCUGGAUUACAUUCGACAGAUCACCCAGUUCAUCAGCCAGCCCGAGAUCCACAACGUCGUGCCCAUGUUCAGCGUCAUCAACGAACCCUACGCCAUCACCAUUGGCCUGCCGGCGCUCGAGUCGUGGUACUCGCAGGUCUACGCCACCUUGCGCGCAAUCACGGGUACCGGUGCAGGCAACGGACCUUACAUGACCAUCCACGAUGGCUUCCUUUCGCCCAGUGCGUGGCAAGGCUUCCUCAGCGGCGGCGAUCGUGUCGCGUGGGACACGCAUCCCUACAUUUGCUUCGCUCAGCAAAACACGGAUCCUUGGGAUGUUCAGAUCCUCAAGCCAUGCCAGCAGUUUACGCCACUUCUCGACAAUGCGCGCUCCAACAUGGGUGUCGCCAUGGGAGGAGAAAUGUCGCUGGCCAUCAACGAUUGCGGUCUGUUUUUGAACGGUGUAGGUGACGGGUCUCGCUAUGACGGCAGCUACACCGGUCCAUCUGGGGGCAAUAACCCCAGGAUGGGCUCAUGCCAGCCGUUUGACGACUGGGAAAAUUAUUCAGACGACAUGAAGCAGGGGCUUCGUCGCUUCGCCCUCACUUCGAUGGAUUCGCUUCAGGACUUUUUCUUCUGGACGUGGAAGAUCGGCAACAGUCUGAGGACGGGUAAGCCCACUUCGCCCAUGUGGUCGUACUCGUUGGGACUGCAGCACGGAUGGAUGCCCACCAACCCACGGAGCGACUCGAGCGGCGCUUGUGCGGCGCAGGCGUCUCGCUUAUCGACAACGGUCCCGACCGCCACGUGGGGCGGUGCGUUCCAGUCGUGGCAGACGGGUCGUGCUGGUAGCUACUCGGCCAAUUCGGGUACCAACACUUGGCCGCCGCAAUCGAUCGUCUCGGCCAGCACGCCGUUCUCACAGCUACCCAGCUACACGGCCACCAAGUCGAUCACGCCCGUUCCUGCCCCCACCAUCUCUGUAACGGCGACUGUAUCUGGACAGCCCACUGCGGCGCCUACAUUUGGAUCGUGGUUUAACGCGGCUCAGAACAGUCCGUUCUAUACUCAGAUUGGCGGAUGCAACUACCCUCCUGAUGCGUAUAACCUCACUGGUUGGAAUCCGUCUGGAUGGCCUUGCGGCGGCAGCGGUGGACAGCAGCGUCGACAACAGCCGACCCCGCUUCCUCAGCAGUGA